CGCGGGAGGGGGUGACUGCGCGCCCCGUCCCCCGAUGAGACUGUGGCCGUGCUGGCUGGGCUGCUACACCCUGCUCCUGUGGGCGCUGAGGAGGAGGAUGUGGGCCGGCCCCGCCAGGUACCUGCGGAGCCCUUUAUCCAGGUCCCUCUACGCGAAUAUGAUGGGCAGCCACGGCCCGCCGGGCGCCGGGGAAAACCACCAGUGGUAUGUCUGCAACACAGAACAGUUGUCUGAAUCCCUUCAGCCUAUUUUUGUCCAGAGUUACCUUGACCAAGGAACGCAGAUCUUCUUAAACAACAGCAUUGAAAAAUCAGGCUGGCUGUUUAUCCAGCUCUAUCACUCUUUUGUGUCCUCAAUUUUUAGCCUUUUUAUGUCUAGAACAUCUAUCAAUGGGCUGCUGGGAAGGGGCUCAAUGUUUGUGUUUUCCCCAGAACAAUUUCAAAGACUGCUUAAAAUAAAUCCAGAAUGGAAAUCCCACAGACUUCUUGAUUUAGGAGCUGGAGAUGGAGAGGUUACUAAAGUCAUGAGUCCUCACUUUGAAGAAAUCUAUGCCACUGAGUUGUCUGAAACUAUGAUCUGGCAGCUUCAGAAGAAAAAAUACAGGGUGCUUGGUAUAAAUGAAUGGCAGAACACGGGAUUUCAGUAUGAUGUUAUCAGCUGUUUGAAUUUGCUGGAUCGCUGUGAUCAGCCACUGACUGUAUUAAAAGAUAUUAGAAGUGUCCUGGAGCCAACUAGAGGCAGAGUCAUUCUAGCAUUAGUUCUGCCUUUUCAUCCAUAUGUGGAAAACGGUGGCAAGUGGGAAAAGCCCUCAGAAGUUUUGGAAAUCAAAGGGCAUACUUGGGAGGAACAGGUUAAUAGCCUGCCAGAAGUGUUCGGUAAAGCUGGUUUUGCCAUAGAGGCUUUCACCAGACUGCCAUACCUAUGUGAAGGUGAUAUGUAUAAUGACUACUAUGUACUAGAUGAUGCUGUCUUUGUCCUGAAGCCCGUGUAAGCCUACAUGAAGUAAAUCUCCAGAAUCAAAGCCAAGAAGCAGCCUCUGAAAGAGAGAUUUGAUCUACGGUUCUGUGAAGGGAGGGAAUCUGUGGGAUUGCCAUGAUAACUAAGUACUAUGUAAGAAUUUUAAUGGCCAAAAUACUAAUGUAUUUCUUUGUAGUGUGAUUAGGAAAAUUUUGUUUUUAAUUUUUAAAUGGAGACUUCGGAUGAGAAUUUCUUUUUUUAUCAGCUCUUAAACCAACAAUGCAUUCUGCAGCCCAGCAGUAACAGGGGAUAUUUUUUAAAUUCUUACCUGCAACAGGGAUCAGAUCCAAACAGAAGCAAUAGUUCUAGUGAGGAAUCUGAUACAACACAAAUUGUUGUUCAAGAAAUCACUUGACAUCUGGCAAUAAAGUUAUCCAUUUAUUUCAAACCUUGCUGAUUAUAAACUGUUUAAAUGGAUAUUCUUCCAUGCUAAGUUACUUUCUCACUUACUGUCAUUCUUCACGUUUUUAUUCAUGCUAAUAAACUUUUUUGAGAUGA